AUGGCAGGGACCAGCCGCAAGCGUUGCAAACCAUCUAAGGCUCCAUUGUCGGACUCUAGUAUUGUAGACUCUUCUGAUGAGAUUGAAGAUUCCAAGGCUACAGACCAAUCAAAGUUGCAGGGUCAGCGGUCAGACAAACAGGAGCUCAGAAGGGCAAGAGAAGUUCAUGCAAAUCAACUCAGCAGGUGCUACGCAUCCUACAACACCCCCCAACUAUCCAAACAAUUAGAUAAAUUCAAGCGCAAGAUGAUUGCGUACCCUUGUAAACUCUGUGGAAAUAAUAUCAAGCGUCCAACAUACAAUAGUUCUACAACCAACCUCUCAAAGCACAUUUCUAGUUGCUCCAAGAAGCAAAACAAACAAGCAGCUACCCAAAAACUUGACGCCCUUGGUGUAUCCGGCACCGGAGAUAUAGAUCCACGCGAGGUGCCCCAACUUUGUGCCAUCUGGUGCGCUGAAGGUGCUCGGUCUUUUUCAGCCCUUGGAGAGACUGCACAUCAAGGAAUUAUGCACCCAACCGUCCUGAAGAAUCUACCCACCCGUAAGGCAGUCUCCAACAACAUCAGUGCAUUUUAUACUGCAAUGCAGGAGUCAUUCAAGAAACAUAAGGGCGCGUUGUACUUGGGGCUUGAUGCUUGGCAAUCCCCAAAUGGGUUUGAUGUAUUAGGAACGGUUGUUUACCGCUGUGGAACUCCUAUCGUGCCAGGCGGUAGGCAGUUGGUUGAAGGGAUGGUGCUUUGA